AUGUAUGAUGAGACUACAACUACAACGGCCCCGGCGCAAGCUAUGCGAGAGGCCUUUGGUGAAGGUACUACGGCACUCCACCCAACAUCAACCGCAAAAUCACCGCCUGUGUGGCGUCGCAAGCAGAAGGUAUCCGCUGGCCCGGAAGGCAAUUCGCAGGAGAGUGAUGAAGCCCAAGAUGUGGGUCCAUCAAGUGAGGUCGGGACAAGUGACAGCGACGAGGAGCAUGUCGUGUCCGGAAGCCGCGCGGAGGCAGGUGGGCCGGCGACGAAUCAUCGUGAUAUUGUCAUGGACAUGGACUCCGGGACCGGCGUCAGGCCGCGCUUCUUCAUGGCGGACGCGCCGACCAGUGAUGGCCAGGGCCUGUACAAGGACCUGGUUUCUAACAACGUCAUCAGCCUUGACAAGGAUGACAAAUACUUCAACACUCACGAGAACUGGAGCCUGGACCUGAUACGAGGAGCCUCAGCACUGUUGACUGUGGCAGCAUGCACUGUCGGCGCCCUCCACUCGACAACCGGCGAUUACGACACAUUUUACCCCGAAUUCUUGGCCUUGAGCAAUCAGCGAACCUUUUUCAAAACCAAUACCAUCGAAGACGUUCAAGUGGUUAUUUGGGAUUUCUGGUCGAGUGAGCUCUCGUGGAUAUUGUCGGGCGCGGCGGUGCGCAUCGCCGCCGAGCUGCAAGUGCAUAUUCAAGGCCAUCCAGGGCGACUGCCCGCACUAUCUAUCCACGCGGCUACGGCUGCUGGCCUACGUGUCUGA